AUGCCUGACAAGGACGCCGGUACCCCCCGUGUCUUCCUCUACCGACACGGGCAAACCAUCUGGUCUAAGAGCGGCCAGUACACCGGUAAAACCGAACUGGAUCUCACAGAAGAUGGCCAGAAACAAGUCCGCGCCUCCGGCAAGACGAUUGUCGGAGCCGGCAAGCUGAUUGACCCGGCUCACCUGGCACAUGUGUACAUUAGUCCGCGCAAGCGCGCGAUGCAGACCUUCCAGAUUGCCUUUUCCGAGGCAGAUCAGCAGGCGAUGAAGAAUGCACAGAAGAUCAGUGAGACUGAGAGACUUGCUGAAUGGGAUUACGGUCUGUAUGAGGGUCUGUUGACGAAGGAGAUUCGAGCUCUGCGGAAGGAGCAUGGUUUGGAUACUGAGAAGCCGUGGGAUAUUUGGCGUGAUGGCUGUGAGGGUGGAGAAUCUGCGCAAGAAGUCACCGACCGUAUUGACAAUCUCAUUGCAGAGAUACAUGACAUUCACCGUGGUAACAUGCACGGCGAGAAGCAUUGCGAUGUUGUACUCGUUGCUCAUGGCCAUCUGCUCCGUGCUUUUACCAAGCGCUGGCUCGGAUAUCCCAUGGAAUUCCCUCUUUCCUUGAUGCUUGACCCUGGCGCGGUUGGUGUCCUGAGCUACCAACACAACAACAUUGAUGAGCCGGCCAUGAUGGUUGGAUAUGGAUUCCCGCUGGAGGAGUAA